CUUCCAUCAUAGCUGCGUUAUAGCAACGCACACUUGGUCCUCUAUGGAUUCAGCAUAUACAGGACCUUUUCCUCCAUCUGAUGUUGCAUUUGCGACCUAUCAAUUCGCGAACGAUCCGGAGUACCAGCAAGGCAUCGCCGGGAUAACGGCCAGCGGUGCGCUAGAUGGCAAGUCGGAAGACGAGAAAGCGGAUAUCCUCCUGCGCUCCGAGGUGUUCUACUUCAACCAUUUGACGGGAUCUUCCCUCACGGUCGAGGAUGCUCGACUGUUGAGACAGAGCCUAUCAGCGACGCGAUCUGAAGAAUCGCAGUCAGCUGCUUCGGUGGCGCCAGUGGCGAUACCGGUACCUACCAGCGACGCAGAAGAACCACAGAUGCUGUCGUUCGCGCAGCUGAAGGCGCUGAUCGAACAGGGCCGUACGGAUGAGAUCCCGAACAACAAGACAAUUCCGAACGUCUUGAGCUCAGCUGCGCCAAGCGAGUCGACGGUUGCUCCUCCCAAGAAGCCAUGGGAGGUGACCCCUGCUACAUAGUAUCCAAUUGGGAAGAAGCAACACACAUUAAAUGUACAACAAGCUGAUGUGAAUGAUCUU